CUCUGUCUUGCUUUUGCGGGUCAACAUCCCAAUUCACCAAUUUGUAUCCGGGAUACACCGGAGUGCAUGGGCCUCCUCUUUUAUCUAAGCUAUGGCGCCGCUGCCGCCGCCUUAGCUUUCAUCGUUCUGUCACUUGCAAGCGGGCUCCUCUACUGCUCCGAACUUAUAGAAGAACAUUCUAAAACCGCGAAAACUGUGGGGCAGCGAGCCAUUUAUGUUAUAAUCGUAUUGCAUGGCGCUUUGUACCUCUCAGACUCUCUACCACCGGCACAGACUGCAUUCUCCGUCUUCUGUCACCUGGUUUAUCUCCAAAACUUCUCCGAUACAUGGCCCGUUAUUGAGCUCACCUCUUGGUCGUUUAUGGCGUCUUGCGUUUUCGUCAUCAUGGACCACUUUCUGUGGUUUAACCAUUUCGCGCGGAUCUCUCAAGAAGCUAGACAUAGCCGUUCGUUUCGUGGAGCACCUCCUCCGAAAGGAAUAUUGGGUUUCUCCGAGAUAUCGACUUUCUUCGGCCUGUGCGUUUGGGCAGCUCCUCUAUUCCUUUUCCUCAGUCUCAGCGCCAAUGACAACACUCUUCCUAUGUCCGGAGCAGCAGCAGGCUCUGAAUCGUCUGCAGCCAGCAAUAAAAGCUACGCCCCAACUCGGGUCUCUCUGUUCCGCUCCCUUUUACCUUUCCGCUCGAAAAGCGCUCGCUCGGAAGGGAUUCUGACACCACAUUCUCCUGGGCCAAUCCCCCCGCCACGUUCCCCGCUUCUCCGGCCACACUCCCCUUCGUAUAGCAGCCUGACGCCCCCGCGCUCCCCGCGACAUAAGCCAGCUGAUUUUGAUACGGGAAACGACUUUACUCUGAGCACACCACCAAAGCGCGGAUUGCACGGCGAGUCAGGUUUGGGGCAACGCAGGAGUAUUCUUCCGCAAGAAGAUGUAUUUGGGUCAGAAUGA